AAUUAAAUUCACUUACGUUUCCACUUGCGCUUCUAUGCCAAGACUAAUCCCCUCAUCCAAGUAUCGCUGGUUUAUUUCCUAACUCCAAAUGAUUAACAACAAAUUAAUUCCGCUCCAGUCCGCAGCUCUAUUCUGCGUCAGGUUUUGGCAUUGACUUGCGUUUGAAUAGCUGUGGGUGACAGACUUACAACAGCGCUGAGAUAGCAAACGCGUGAUCUUUCUCUUUCAGACCAAACGCUGCGGGCUACACGCCGGGGAUUGCUGGAAAUAUUACAUUUCUACCGGACAAUAAGAGUUUCCUUUAACGGAUUCCAGAGGCUGGACUCCUCAAAUCUGAGGCAGCGACGCGCGCACCAAACAAACGUUCGUGCCUUUUUGUCCACGCGCUCAGGAGCGUGUUCAUUCUACUGGCGCAGCACUGAAUAACUAUUGUAGCGGUAGGUGAUUGAUAAGGCAAGUGUUUCCAGCCCAGACAAACACGUUUUCAUAAGACACAGCUGGUUGCGCUGGCGUGGACUGUUUUUGCCAUCAUUUGUUAGACAUAAGGCAGUUUAUCCCCGCUUAUUGCAAACGACUUCUUGGAUACUGGAUGGCUGUCCGAAGGGGAAUACAACGGCUGCAGGACCAAGCCGGGAAUGACAUUUGUUCACGAGCUGCAUAAACGAGCUUUGUUGCGCGGUGUUUUUACCCGGGGACAGGUGUCGUUGUGUACGUUGGGGCGGGGGGUUAGUUGUUGGGGGUUUGGACACAGUUGUCUUAAGGAUGUCAGAUCAGGGAUCAGAUCUACACAGAGACAGGUGCGAUAGAGAGGAGUAGAUUUCACGCGGACCCCUCCUCUCUUCUCUCUUCUCCUCUCAGUCAUUCUGGAUUAUAGUCCCGAGGAGGCGAGUCAUUCACAGAGAAUCGGGCUCACCGUUUCCCGCGGCUGUUAGUGUCGCCUCUGUCUCUUUCUCACCCCUCUGUGAGAGUUCACCGCUGGUGGAGCUGUGUGAAGCUGAGAGUUCAGACCUCAACCUGGAGGAGCUUCACUCAUGCCGGAGCUCCCCUACCAUGACGACUGUACCCAGAUCUUUCAUCGGGAUCUUGUGGCUCCUGCGGUUGGUGUGUGCGGUCUUCCCUGAGGAACCGGGACCUCUGAACUUUAUCCCAACUGAAGUGGUGAGAAGGUAUCCUGUGUUUCUCGGACGACCCCAUCGCUCAACACUCAGACAGGAGCCCUUACACAUUCAGAGGAUCCUGCAGGUCAAUCGUACCCUUUACAUCGGAGCCAGAGAUGACCUUUUCCGAGUGGAGCUGGACAACGUGGUGGGAGAAGAGAUGUUUUACAGCAAGAAAAGGACGUGGGAAUCCAACAAAAAUGACAUCAGAAUCUGUAGAAUGAAGGGAAAACAUGAGGACGAGUGCCGUAACUACAUGAAGGUUCUGCUCAGCCGGCAGGGCGGAUUGUUUAUCUGUGGAACCAACGCCUUCAAUCCGUUAUGUGCCAAUUAUACAGGAGACACUCUUGAGAUGGUGGGGGAAACUGUCAGUGGGAUGGCUAGAUGCCCAUAUGACCCAAAACAUGCCAACGUGGCCCUGUUUGCUGAGGGGAAUCUUUACACUGCCACAGUGACUGAUUUUCUGGCCAUCGAUGCUGUGAUCUACAGGAGUCUGGGGGACAAUCCUGCUCUGCGAACGGUGAAACACGACUCCAAAUGGUUUCGAGAGCCAUACUUCGUGAGUGCUGUGGAAUGGGGGCCGCAUGUCUACUUCUUUUUCAGAGAGAUGGCCAUGGAAUUCAACUACCUGGAGAAGGUGGUUGUCUCUCGUGUGGCACGCGUGUGCAAAGCCGAUCAAGGUGGUUCACAGCGUGUGCUGGAAAAGCAGUGGACGUCAUUCCUGAAAGCUCGGCUGAACUGCUCAAUCCCAGGAGACUCGCACUUCUACUUCAACCUUCUGCAUUCCACCAGUCCCAUCAUCCACAUGCACGGCAGGGAUAUCAUCCUCGCCGUCUUCUCCACACCCUCCAACAGUAUUCCGGGCUCUGCAGUGUGUGCUUUCGACAUGGAACAGCUGGCCGGAGUGUUUGAUGGAAGAUUUAAAGAGCAGAAAUCGCCCGAGUCGAUAUGGACACCUGUUCCAGAUGAGGUUGUGCCCAAACCGAGGCCGGGUGGUUGUGCUGUACAAGGCUCCAAGUUCAAUUCCUCCAAUUCUUUCCCUGAUGACAUGUUAACUUUUGUCAAGACCCAUCCACUGAUGGAUGAAGCCGUCCCAUCACUCGGUCAGAGACCAUGGAUUGUUAGGACCAUGGUCAGAUACCAGCUCAACAAAAUGGUGGUAGACACAAACGCUGGUCCUUAUGGCAACCAGACAAUCCUCUUUCUGGGUUCCAGCCGAGGGACCAUCCUUAAAUUCCUCGUCACCCCCAACAGGGAUAACACAGUGACCAACUACAACGUGUUCCUGGAGGAACUGGAAGGCUACAACCCAGACAGGUGUGGGACGGACUCUCCUCAGGCCAGGCAGCUGCUUUCUCUCACGCUGGACCGCAUCAGUCACAGCCUCCUACUGGCUUUCCCUUCUUGCGUGAUCAAAGUGCCUGUAGCACGCUGCCAACUCUAUUCCCGCUGCAUGAAGAACUGCAUCGCCUCACGGGAUCCCUACUGCGGCUGGACCAGAGGAAGCACCUGCUCUUUCCUCCGUGCGGGUACAAGGCUUCCCUUCGAGCAAGACAUCGAGCAUGGAAACACUUCUCACUUGGGCGACUGUGACGGUCUUCUGCAGGAGAGUUUCAUCGAGGAACCAGAUGGCUUGGUGUCCGUGAACUUGCUGGUGGUCUCAGCGGUUUCAGCGUUUGCCACCGGGGCGGCGUUGUCAGGUUUGAUGGUGUGUUGGAUAAUGAGCCUCAAGCAUCGUCAGCGCUCCAGAGCCAGUGCAUCUGGCAUGGGGAGUCGUCGCAAGAGUGACAAGGAGCAGAGCAUGCUGGGACAUGGCCGCAGCGGUUCCGUGAUCAGCGUGACGCGUAUCAGCGGCAGCGAACGACCCCGCUCGCAGGUUGAAAAUAUGUUCACCAACGGCUGGCCAAAAUCUGGAGACAUCGACCCAGGACUUCCCACUCCAGAACAGACGCCUCUGCAGCAGAAACGUCCCACUCCUAACGUCCAUCUCACAGACUGCGAUUGGGACCAAAGUCAUACUUUCCUCACCCAGACAGGGACUCCCUGCCCAGCGAACUCAGCCGUCAUUUACUUGAGCUCCAAAUACCUGCAAGGUGGGCGGCAAGAGGGAUCCGGUGAUGUUCCUCCUCAUUCGGAGCGUCAGCGGUACCUCAUCCUGUCCCAUCCGCCAAAUCAGCGAGAGCAGAGCGGGCGACCGUCUGCCCCACCUACUCGUAACUCUGCUGGUGAAUACAACUAUCCGGCAACGCCUCAGGACUCACCUGACCGCAGGAGGGUGGUUUCGGCUCCUACCACCCAGUCGGACUAUGGAGAACAUCUGCGAUGGUCCCGCGACGGACUCAACUUCAAUAGCAACAACGCGACUCCUUCUGGCCAUCACCCGUAUCCCAUACAGCCACGCACUAAUGCUGCGUUAAUACGGCCAGGCCACCACACUCAGCGGGGGCUCAAUGAGAUACAGGACUACAGCCACCUGUUGGUGAAAAGUGUAAGUGAGCGCAACCCAAAUGGCCAAUGAGUGGUCCAGGCCCGUUCACACCCUUCAGAGUCCCAUCACCCCCAAGACUCAGACUCCUUCUGUAAUCCUGCCCUUCCUGUCCUCUCUCACUGCCAUCCAGUGUCUUUCAAGUCCCCCACCAGUGGCUGAGCUCUAGGACUUCCGAGAGUGAGAGAACGAGAGCGUUAAUGGUUGAUGGUGUUAAAGCCGCUGUCCUCCCCUGCCUGCAGGGUGACGCCACUUAGCACGUUAGCGGCUUCUAUCACGCCCUGUCUAAUGAAGCGGAAGGAUCGCUUAGGAAUAACGGAUGCGUUGGGUGAUGGGAGGUGAAAUAUAUAAUCAUAAUCCUGCGAACAGCUACGUUGACUGUUUAGCAUAGCGAAGCGGUUCCGGAUUGUCUCUCUGUGUAAUCUCAAGCCCUGUAAACCAUUCAGUGAAAGUGAUCCGUUUCGUUUUCACCUCUCUUGCUUUACGUUUGCGCCUGCGGAUGCUUCUUUAGUGCAUCCCAGGGCCUUUGCAGACAAGCUCAAACUUCCUUGUGUCUGUUUGUAUGUGUAUGUGAGCCGCGCCAAAAUGGGGAUUAAAAUGUGCUUGCCGGCUAGACUUCAUUUGAAAGCAAAAUGGCCGACCAACACUGGAGUUUCUUAAGUGAUCUGAUGUCAAAUGACUGACUACCCCUCCCUCCCUUAACCUAUUAUGUGUCAGGAAGCAAUCAAGACAACUGCCAUGUGACUAAAGACUUUUGUGCUGGAAUAUCAGAUGUAAAUGGGUUAUGGAAAAGCGCGUUCGCCAAAAAUCAUGGAGGAAUCAACCCAUGCUUUCUGGACGGAGCAUGGAAGCACUGUGGAAGUUUCCUUAUAUUGCGUACAGGGACAUAUGUUGUUGGGUGGACCCAUUUAUUUUGUGGUGUAUCUUAAAAACCAAGAAAUUGAGUGCAUUUUUAUCCCCUACACAUGCUAGAAUUGGAGCAGGGCAUUUGCAACACUUUCUCUUUCUUUCGCUCGGCCUGGCUUCGUUCUCUCUGCAGUCCAUUGAGUCGAAUGUGAGCUUGGUUGUCUGGGCCGAAUCGGGCCGCUAGGGAGCUGCAUUCAGAGUGUCUCACUGACACUGGGCGUCUUUGUGCGGCCCAGCCAGAGAAGACCAUCCCAACAACAAAUAACCGUUAAGAGUCAUGGCCUAGCCAUCAGCCCAGCCUAGGAGAAUGUCAAUGAGGAGCCAGACAGAUCGGACCCCUCUGGGUCCCCCCUCACUGCCAGCCUUCACAAACCUCACAGAAUCAGAUGAAUACAAUGUUACAUUUAGAUGGAGAGCAAAAAAAAUCAGACCCACUGGGCUCCCGAUGGCACUGUGCCCACUUCAGCCAUUGUUCAGUUUCCUCUGGCUCUCUUUAGAUUGCUGUUUGUUUGUUUCAGGGUUGUAAACCCCAAGGGAGGGAGGAAAGAAAUAGUGUACUAUUCAAUUCAUUCACCUCUCAGUGAAGGACGUUAUCUCUGUUUUCUUCCCUUGAAGCAACGGUAAUUUACCAAGCAUUACCUGAGUGUGUCCACUAGAGGACGGUAAUGCACUUUUUUUCUUCUUUUUUUUUUUUUUACUUGGUGCUCAAUGGACCCUUUUCACAGUGUGAGGUGACAUUUCUAGAGUAAUUAACGUUGUAAAAAUGUUUUAAUUUGAAUUUUAUUUCAUUUUUUAAGGAAAUGAAUACUUUUAUGAUUUGAGAAGGAUCAUAAGACACUGAAGACUGGAGUAAUGGCUGCUGAAAAUGAAGUUUUGCCAUCACACGUUAAAAUAGUAAACUGUUAUUUUAAUUUUUUGUAUCAAAUAAAUGCCAGCAUGUCAGCAUACAAGACAUUUUCAAAGACAAAAUCUUUCUGACCCCAAAAUUCUAAACAUACCACUAUACUUUGUUAUAUUUCCCUGGCAUUAAAUUACAAAAGAAAUAGUAAACACUGCUGCAGUGGGGUUUCAAAUACAUCUUAUGAGGGAGUCAUGGUAAAUUUGACAUCUUUCUCUCUUCUAACUGCCAUAAUCAAUCCUUUUUUCUUCUUCCUUUAGAAAGUCAUGGAAAUACAAUAUUGAUUUUUUUCUUGUACUGUUUAGACAAAUGGUAAUGCAAAAAUAACAUUUGCUAUGGUCUCACAUUUAUUUCUGUAGAAGUCUACCCUGCUAUUGUUUAUAUUCCAAACCCAAAAAUGUGAAAAUGGUCCACGAGAGGGUUUGACAUCAAAUGGUUGGUGGUCCUAUAAUCAAUGAUUCUUCAACACUAAGUAUAUGUUGGUUUAAAAACAGGCCGUGUUCCAGAUGAAAAGUCUGUUGUAGUGAUAAUAGAGAGAGGAUUUAAGGGCAAGGGAAAGAGUGUGUUCUUUUGAAUGUGGAUGGAUGAAUGCUCUGAAGCUGAACAUUAAAGCAAUUAAUGAAGUGUAUAAUUUAUAGGUUUUAAGUGCCAAUGCAUGACUGAGUUCAGAACUCUGUGUGUAAUUAUUUUUACACAAUCAACAUUAUUGACGCAGCUUUUUAAUUGUCACCCAGCUCAUCUAUUCGUAUUGGAACUGUUGUACCCUCACAACGACUGAGGCCCACCACUAAAAAAGGUCUGCCCGCCCAUGCAUGCGCUCACGCAGGCUUUUCACUCUGUUGCACCAUUAGGCGAAACAUGCGUGAUUACGCUAAGUCUAUCUUGGCCUGAUAAAGCCUAGAGAUGAUCGUGAGAGACGUGCAGAAACACAGGCACCCACUUGCUUACUCACACAGCCAGAUUUUGUGGGCAGCAAAACUCAAGCGGCAAGUCAUCAUUCUCGACCGCAUCCCAUAUAAGCAACAUUUGCCGGAAUAAACCAAAAACAAGCAGCAAACGCAAGUGAUGCUUAUUGUGAAACCUUGUACAAAAGCUCUAAACACCGCCUGGGUUAAUUCACACAAGAUUUUGAGGCAGUGAAAUGGAGUUAAUUUGCUGUGGAGCUUUGUAAAAUGUGUUCCCGGGAAAAGAAAAUAAACGAGGGUUGUUUCACUGUUUUCCUAUGUCGUAAUUCUCUCAAGCAAGAAAUGGAAUCGGCCGUAAAAACUCUGCUAUAGGGUUUUGUUUGGACAGAAAUAUACCUAGCUAUGUUUUAGAGAGCUCCCUACUCUCAAUUUUCCAAUUAAAAUUCUGUCUAUGAACAGUGAGGACAGUGUGCUCGAGGCUUUCUCAUUGUCUGGGAUGUUUUUCUUUCUCUGCUUUGUCUUUUAAAGCCCUGAGAUUUUUAUUUUUUUUUGACGUCCCCCAGCCACAAACUGCCACAGCUAAUGGGCCACCCGACGAAAUGUGCAAACACAAAGAAAGAAAUGGUUUGUUUAGAAAUGACAUGCUUUCAGUAUGCAAAACCUGACAUCUGACAAGCACAAAUGGAGUUUGAAUUUUUUUGUAAAGUUGUAGAGAAUAUAUUAGCCAGUACUGAUAUCUUCAUUUUUAUAUUUGUUUGUUUGUUUGUUUGUUUUGUGGUAAUGUUUUAGGUUGGUUUGAGUUCAUGCAAGUGAUUUGAUUUGCUCUCUGGUGUGUGAAUUUUUUUUCAACAAUGACGAUGAUUAUUCUGCGACUGUGACCUGAAUUUCAGUGUUUGAUCUUGGUUUCUGAACUGUGCAAAGCCUUCGGAUGGGAGUUGUUUCUCCUGAAAGAAAGAGAAGAAGAAAAACACUUUUGCGAAAGAGCCAAGUCUUCUGUUAACUGUGAUGGACUUCUGAUUUGUCUUGCACCGGAGGCUGUUCGUGUUACUGGGUCCAUUGUCAUUAAAUGACAAGUCGUGUCCCCUUCAGUGUACAUAAUGAUUUCAGUGCUUAAAUGUAAUUUAAGUGAACUAUCUGCAUGAACACAGCCUCGGUCUGGAGUCCACAGAGGUAGUGUGUAAUUCAACACAACAUGCUACUAUGUGCCCUAAUAUUGUCCACCAAUCAGACAGUCACAUGCAUGCUUUCCAAAUCAACAGCACAAAUGCACAUAAAGAGACACACACACACACACACACACACAAACACAUGGACAGUGGGGUCCAAAAGUCUUAAAAUACUCUAUUUUCUCAUGCUCAAAUUAUGUAAUUACCAUAAUACUUUAAGUGAAAGAUUUAAUUGAAGAAUUGAGAAUGUCUUUGUAUACAGUUUGUCCUUCUUUUGCUUUAACAUCAGCACUCAAGCUGCAUGUACAGUAGUUUGUGUAAAAUCUGAUGCUAAUGUUCUUCAGCCUGAUUUGAAAUGAUCCAAAGAACAUCUUGUGCUUCAAUGGAAGUAAGAACAUCUGACCGUCUCUACAGAGUUACGUGAUAAAUGUCACAUUUUUUUAUUUGUUUAGUGACCCGGAAAUUGUGCUAAAUUUAUUAAUCAUUUUAUGUUCUAAGGGUUCUUUGUUGUAAAUUGCACAAAAAUCCUGAAACUUUCUUUAUUUUCAAGUGUAAAUGGUAUUUUAAAUCCCAAAUGUUUAGAGUUUUCUCAGACUUUUGGAACGCAGUGUACUUUAACACACACACAACGUGCAGACAUUUUUGCAUUUGGAAACUCAUUGUCCUCAGUUCUGGCUGUCAUUGAGCAUGGAGACUGUGCUCUGUUAUCAUUUCCUGUUCUAAUAAACCAUCA